UAUAUAUACAAAGCUUCAUCUUUAUCAUGCUUAAGAUUUGCCCUAUUCAAAACUCAAGAGGCACCGUAACCACUAAGGCUAGGUAGCUCUCUUCAGGCUCCUUUCUCCUGUUUUUUCCCCUUCCGCUCUCCCACCUCCCGGAUCUGGGUUGUAUCCGUAUUUCUACUUUCUUGGCCUCCGUUUCUUGUCAGGUUUCUGUCUUUUACGUGCAUGAUUUCAGUUUUAACUUGUUUCUAUUGUUCAAAAUGAAUAACACAUUGACGCUAAGGGUUAAAGUCAUGUUUUAUUCGGUUUAUGACAGAGGUUAGCUAUAGCUGUUUAAACUCUGAAAUUCCUGCCCUGUGCAUUAAUUCCAAGCCUUCUUUUUCAUCUGCCAGUCUUUUCAUCUUCAUAGCUUCAUGAUUCAAGGUGUUGUGUGUGGUUUUUGAGCCCAACAUCUGUAUUUUUUUUUUUCUUUUAAGAUAUAUUUAUCGUGCUCGAGUUCAUACAUUCCGCUAGUAUUGAGAAAAGCUCUGCUCAUGAACGUCGUGAGCAAGGCAAAAGGCAGAAAGGGCAACCUGAUCAUCAAGACUUGGGAACGAUGCAAAUCCAUUGGCCGUGGCCGCAAGGGCUCCUCCUCAGGAAACACCCGUGCUCUUUAUAAGAAGAGCAAAUCGUGGCCACCCAUGGAUGCCUCUCUUGAAGAAGAGAAACGCACAAGGAAGAACCAAGUGGCACCGGAAGGUUGCUUCUCGGUGUAUGUUGGAGCCCAUAAACAAAGAUUCGUGAUCAAAACCGAAUACGCAAACCACCCACUUUUCAAGAUUCUGCUUGACGAAGCCGAGUCUGAAUAUGGAUUCGACAGCGAAGGGCCCCUUGUGCUUCCCUGCAACGUUGAUCUGUUUUGCAAGGUGCUACUGGUGAUGGAAGAUGGCGACAGUAAGAUCCGACAGGGAUGUAACUUCGCCAAAGGUUAUAGCUUGUAUCGCCUCCUCACCCCGCCUCGGAUGAUCGCGAUAAAUCAGUUCUAAUUGCCCCACACGCGCGCGCGCACACGCGCGUAUAUAUAUAUAUAUAUUAAUAUUUCUGAAUGCACAUUUUUAUUAAUUUUGUGUCAGUCUUCUGUCUUGCAUAGUUAAGAUACUGUUUGUAAUUUGAUAUGCUACAGAAAAAAGCUUGUUAAAAGUGGUAGAAAUCCAAACCGGGGUUCAUAGCUAUCUUGGUAAGAUCGCUA